CAUCGGACGACCGGGGCCGAUGUUGACCCGACUUGGGUAACCGCCACCCCCGUCACCUGCACAUGUUCGAUUUGCCACUCGGCGUUGUCACCGCCACAGUCCGCUGGCGCGUAUGUAGAUCAGUGGCAAAAAGACAAGUCUCUCUACAGAAGACUAGCACUCAUAACGGCAAGAAAUCCUAGUUUUCUGUAG